UCAGUCUUCUGACACUGCACGUUUCGUUCGCACGCGCGCCCUUCGCAUCGCAUCGCACGAUUUUUAUUUCCAAACCAUAACGUCGUUUUGGUCCGUAUCGUUUGCUCGACGCCGCCGCUCUGAUCGCGUGCGCGCACAUGACACUAUCCGCCGCUCGUCAUUAUCGUUUUAUAUUUUCUAUCGACUCGCUCACGUUACUUGUGAUUUUGUGUUUUUAGUCCCAUCCUCUAAAAAUGGUGACCAAAUCGCUGAACGGACCCAGUUUCACCAUCAACCACAUAUUGGGCCGCCUGGAUGUAGACGACGAGAGGGACUGCAAGAGCCCCGGACCGUCGACAUCUCGGUCGUUCACCACCGGCAGUGAGGCCAGCGACUGCAGUGGCGAUGACUGUCUGUGCGCCCCGGUCGACUACAGCACUCGGCCGGGCGGCAGCCCUUCGCCUCCGACGACUCCCGGUGACGUGCACCGCCAUCACCGCGGCGGACAUCACCACCAACACCACAACAGGCGUCCGCAUCCUACGUCACCGGCCACCGUCGAAAUCAAACCGGAAGAGGAAGACGACGACGACCUGCCGAAGGGUGACAAGUCACCGCAACGGGACAGCCCCUGCAAGGCCAAGGACGACGCGGCCACAACGACUCCGGUGGACGACAAAAACAAAAAGCCCAAUUACAGUUACAACGCUCUGAUCAUGAUGGCCAUAUCGGAAAGCCCGCAGAAGCGGCUCACGCUCAGCGGCAUCUACGAGUACAUCAUGAACAAGUUCCCGUUCUACCGGAUGAACACGCCCGCAUGGCAGAACAGCAUCCGGCACAACCUUUCGCUGAACAAGUGUUUCGUCAAGAUACCGCGGAGCUUCGACGACCCGGGCAAGGGCAACUACUGGAUGAUCGACCCCAACAGCAGCGAUGUGUACAUCGGCGGCACCACCGGCAAGCUGCGCCGACGGUCCACGCAAUCGUCCCGGCACCGCAUCGCGUACCGUCCACCGAUGCCGCCGCACGGCGUGGUCAUGCCGCCGUCGCCACACCAUCACCAUCACCAUCACCACCACGCGGCCGCCGCAGCCGCUGCCGCCGCGGCCGCCUUCUAUCAUCACCGCGGCGGGCCGCCGCACCACCCUGCGGUCGGCGCGUCCGGCUGGCCCGGCGUGGCCGACUACCCGUCCGCGGCAGCCGCCGCGGCCGGCUUCGACUACCUGCACCAGUACUUCUGGCCGCCGUCCGUCGCGACGUCCACCGGCGCGUACCAGCAGCGGCCGUCGCCGUCGCCGCCCGCCACCUCGACCGGUUACUCGAUCAGUCAGCUGCUCAGGCCCACGCUGCAGGUGCCGCCCAAGAGGCCCACGGCCGUCAUGCACCCCGCGGCCGCCGGCGCCCUGCUCCAAGCCACCAUGAACAGACACCAUCAUCUGCAGCAGCAGUAGUGUAUACCUAGUAUUGACCGCGAGCGAUGUAAGAGAGAAAAAUGAAUUUUUUUUUUCAAAGUUACCCUAAAGUGUAUUGCGCACGUCAUUGUGUACAUAUUAUUAUUAUUAUUAUUAUUAUUAUUAUUAUUAUUGUGAUGAAUGCGAUUUGGACGGUCGCUCCGGCCAUUCGACCUGCCGUCGUGCCGGGCCGCACACUGUUUUAUUUUUUGUUUCGUUUUGUAUAGUUUUGAUCUCUCCCGAAAAAAAAACUAUUUUAUUAUAUUAUCAAUUAUAUUAUUUGUACAUAAUAUUACUGUAAUCGCGACGUAUACACGUAUGACAUAUAUAGAUAUUCGUGUACCGCGUAUUGUGUAUACUAUGUCAACGUUACAAUAUUUGUUUCGUAAUUAACUCGUAAAAAUAAUACACUGAGAGGGCAUUAUUUAGAUUCUCAAAUUCAUUGUUUUGGAUUUUUUUUCACCUCUGCACUUUACACGAUACAAAUAUCACAAUAUAUAUAUGUUAUAUGUCUAUACGUCACUAGUCACACGAGAUCGGUCUAUAUAUAUAUAUAUAUAUAUAUAUACGUAUACGCGAGUACAUUUAGGUACAUUAUGUUUAUAUCGAAAUACAGAGAUAGGGUUUGCGCGAUGCUUAUAAAUAUGUUUCCUAUAUAUUAAAUUAUUACUAUGUAUAGUUAUAUUAUUGCGUGUUUAUAUUCGUAAUAAGCAUGUCACAGUGUGCCUUAAAACAAUUAUAAACGUGUACCGUAAAAGGCCAACUAUAUAAUAUAUAUAUAUAUACUAUCUAGAAAAAGUAUAUAGGUAUAUACAGUAAACCACCUACCUAUUUAUGUUUUAGGAAAUAGGUGCAUUUCGAUUGUUGAACAAAUAUUGUAAUAUAAUUAUUAUUAUUAUUAUUAUUAU